AUGGCAAGAUCAUAUAUGUUCGAUGAUAAGACUACAGAAAACAGAAGGAAGAUGAGAGAGGAAAAGCAGGUUGAAAUAAGGCAACAGAAGAAAGAAGACUUUCUGAACAAGAAGCGCAAUCUUUCGAUCACAAUGUCAACUAUCUCGAAUUUCAUUCCCAUGCGAGAGAAGCUGUUUAGCAGGGAUUUGGAGCAAGUGCAUCAAGGCAUAUAUGAGUUCAGAUCUUUGCUGAGUGUUGAGGAUUCACCGCCGAUUCAGCCAGUCGUUGACUCUGGGUGUGUUCCUAGGUUUGUUGAGUUGAUGGACAUGGGGUUUUUACUAUCAUCUGAGAUGGUUAUGAAUGAGAUCGCUAUUUCAGGGCUUGUACGUGAUACUCCUGAGUUUGCAAUGGCAGCUGAACUUGCGAAUAAAAUCCGAGUGGAAGCAGCAUGGGCCAUAACGAACAUUUCUUCUGGCACUACGCAACAGACAAAGACUGUGAUUGAUAGUGGCGCAGUACCGCUGUUGGUGCAGAUGUUGAUGGAUUCAAAUGAUGCGGUUGUUGACCAGAGUGUUUGGGCACUUGGAAAUAUAGCAGGGGAUUCUGAAGGAAUGAGGGAUAUUAUUUUGGACACUGGAGCAUUGGAUAUUAUUUUAAGGCUACUUGUGAAGCUGUAUGAAAGCUCAACACAUAUAAAGAUAGUCAGGAAUCUUACAUGGCUUUUGUCAAAUUUGAAUCGAGGCAGAAAUCCACCACCUCAAGAUGAGAACAUGAGGAGGUCACUUGAUGUUCUUUUCAAAUUAGUUACUAUUCGAGAUCCGGAGGUUGCGAGUGAUGCUUUCUGGGCGCUCAGUUAUAUUGUGGAUGUGAGCAUGGAAUGUAGCGAUAUUGUCUUAGGCAGUGGAACAAUGAACAAGACGUAUUCCCUUCUUGAUGCGCUUACAAACAGGCUUGAUGGAAUGCCAUACUCGACCGAGGAGGCAAAAAUAUGCCUAUGUGCAAUUUCACCUAUAAUAAGGAUGAUAGGAAACAUUGCAACAGGAUCUGAUGAUCAGACGGAUGUGCUUAUCAGGAUGGGGUUUCUCAGAUUUUUUAAACCGAUUUUCUAUAGGCUGGAGAAUAAGAAGCAGCCAAGACUGCGCAAGGAGAUAUGCUGGACAUUAUCAAAUAUUACUGCAGGGACGGUUGGUCAUGCAAAAGCAACUAUUGAUGCAGAUCUGAUUCCGCUUCUAAUUGAUUCAAUGUCAUCUUAUGAAUUGUUUAUAAGGAAGGAGGCAUGCUGGGCGAUUCUGAACCUGCUAUAUCAUUGUAACAAUCUUCCGAACAACUCUGACACAAAGUUUGACUGGAUCCGUUUGUUGAUGGACAAUAAUCUGAUUGAUGCGUUGCAAAACUACCUGGAGGUUGUUCCGAAUGCUCCGGAGAUGCAGUGCCAGGUUUUGGACUGUUUCAGAUAUGCACUGAAUGGUGGAAAGCAGUGGAGCCUUAAGUAUGAAAAAAACCCGGUGUAUGAAAGGAUGGUUGAGAUUGAUACAGUUGAUGUGAUUGAGGGGCUACAGGACAGUCCCGAUAGGGCUGUUGCCGACAAGGCAUAUUCGAUUAUUGUUGAUUUCUUUGAUGGUGUGGAUAAUUAA